CGAAGGGCGACAUUCAAACAUGUAAGUCUCAAAGCACAGAAUCGUCAAUGAAUUUAGUUCCUUUGGCUUGGCCGUUUCCAUUUUCACAUCAGAACUGUGAACAGGUUGAUGAGAUUACAUUGAAAUGCUUCGUAAACACUUCCGACAGCAACCACAUUGAUGACACUGAUUCAGAGCAUAUCACCAUACAUUGGCCUUUUCCAUUCUCCUUUCGAAUGUGCAUUGAGGUAGAGGUAAACAGCAUGGGAUUAUAUUUCAUUAGCAACAACAAUACCUCAACGGUCCCAGAAGAUUUAAUGGCUUGGCCUUAUCAGAUGGGUACCUAUAGUUGGCCAUUUUCAACUUUACCACGUGCAUGCAUUUUGAAACGAAAACGUAAGCAAUCAGACCUGCAUUGCUAUGUGAGUGUGAGUGUCACAAAGAAUACCAGUAAAGAUCAUAUCCAUGUUAAUGACAAUAAAGUUAGCGACUUUGGUUUAGAACUAAUAAAACUGGACAGGCCAGCAUUCCAGAAAAAUACUGCUUGUCAGCUGUUGAAUAACAGUAGGACUUUAUAUUGUUUCAUGUACAAGAAAAAUGACAUUAUUACAUGGCCAAUGACUUUCCCAUUUCUACCAAAAUCUUGCUUACUGAAACAGGUGUGGCGUGGUAAGCAUCACGAGUUUAGGAUAGAAUGUGUCGAUCACAAUUUAAGGAAUAGCAGUGAUUUAGGUUUCUGUGGGUCUGUGGCUAUAUAUUGGAAUUUUCCAUUCCUG